AAACUUCUAAACCAGGACUAGCAAGAGUGGCAGUCUUAUUCGACAGUCUGCUCAGUGCUCACACACCUUAUACAGAAACACUCCGAUAUAAACAAGAAAGCACACUCAAGUUGCAGUAGAGAAAUUAUGGGAGAGGUUCCAGCACUUGAUGUCCCUCUUAUCACCCCAUACAAAAUGGGAAAUUUCCAGCUUUGUCAUAGAGUAGUUUUGGCGCCUCUGACAAGACAAAGAUCGUAUGGAAACGUUCCUCAGCCUCAUGCUAUAUUAUAUUACUCCCAGAGAACCACAAAAGGGGGUCUUCUCAUCUCUGAAGCCACUGGGGUUUCUGAUACUGCCCAAGGGUAUCCUGAAACACCAGGUAUAUGGACAAAAGAACAAGUAGAAGCCUGGAAACCGAUUGUGGAUGCUGUUCAUGCCAAAGGCGGUGUAUUUUUUUGUCAGAUUUGGCACGUAGGGAGGAUUUCUAAUACGGGUUUCCAGCCAAAUGGACAGGCUCCAAUCUCUAGUACAGACAAGAUGCCAACUCCUCAAAUUCGAAGCAAUGGCACUGAUGUUGCACGAUUUACGCCUCCUCGACGACUGAGUACCGAGGAAAUCCCUCAACAUGUAAAUGAUUUCAGACUUGCUGCCAGGAAUGCUAUGGAAGCAGGUUUUGAUGGAGUUGAAAUACAUGGUGCUCAUGGAUACCUAAUAGACCAGUUCUUGAAAGAUCAAGUCAACGACCGAACAGACAAGUAUGGGGGCUCCUUGGAGAACCGAUGCAGAUUUGCUCUGGAAAUUGUUGAAGCUGUGUCCGAAGAGAUAGGAGCAGAUAGAGUAGGCAUAAGGCUUUCACCCUUCGCAAAUUACAUGGAAUCAGGAGAUUCAAAUCCGGAAGCUUUGGGGCUUUACAUGGUUGAGUCCUUGAAUAAAUACAAUAUUCUCUACUCCCACAUGGUUGAGCCAAGGAUGAAAACCGUUGGAGAAAUGGCCGAGAGUCCCCACAGUUUGGUGCCUAUGAGAAAAGCAUUUCAUGGAACUUUUAUUGUUGCUGGGGGCUAUGGUAGGGAAGACGGUAAUAAAGCUGUGGCUGAGGAUCGUGCAGACCUUGUUGCUUAUGGUAGGCAUUUCCUGGCCAACCCAGAUCUACCAAAGCGGUUUGAGCUUGAUGCACCUCUCAACAAGUAUGACAGAAGCACAUUUUAUAUAUCUGAUCCGGUUGUUGGCUACACUGAUUAUCCAUUUCUCGAUGAAACAAUUCAUGCUCAAGUGAAGUAAUAUGUAAAAAUAUAAGUUUAAUGUGGUUCUUGU